AUGUUACAUCAAUUACCCAGCGCCGAACCACUCGUUGUGCCACAGGAGCUGCCCUCCAUACUAUCGUUAAUCUAUUCGAAUAUACCACCUAUUAAAAAAGGUACCGACUCUCGCCUCGGCUUCGGCUUUCGUCUCGGCAAUCAUGCCGACUUUCAAGUACUACUCGAAUUAGGACCACAGAAAAAUACACGUCCGAUCGGCGAGAAUGCUGAUUCGGAAAAUAAUUUCAAUAAAAGACAAAUUAGCAAAGCGCAUCGAGACUAUCUGCUGCGGAAGCAGGCGCAAGAGGCGCUCAAACAGCUAACCAGUAGCACCACCACUGACGCCGUCACCACAAUCACAUCAACCGAGCCUACAGCAGCGAGUUGGUUGGAGAAUUGGUCCAAAGCUAUGCACUCGAAUAUGAAUAGCAAUCACAACAACGACGCUAGCGCUGGUAUUGCGGUGAGUAAAAAGAAAUCAACGCCGAAAUUCACACAAAUCUCAGCGAAAAAGCACCAGCAGCAACAACAGUCGGAGAAGUUGCAACCAAAUUUGGCUGAUGGAGACAAGUCAAUGAUGCAGCUGCAAAUGCUCUAUCGAAUGGCCACCACUACUGCUCCAAGCACAACAACAACGCCACCAGUUACAAAUUCAGGUACUGAGGCGCCAAUAACCAUCGUCACACCGGUGCCACUGGAGCAGAUGCUGCUGCAGCCGCCGUUUGCGCCAUUUAAAGGAGGCCCUUUGAAUUUAGGCGGCCCUACGGGUUUUACGCCACGUCCGCCCGAGGAGUUGGCAUUGCAAACUAUUUCAGAACAGCAGAGUGAGAGGAAAACUGAGAGUGAAAUAACCAAGGAAUUGAUGAAUGUGAGCCUUGAGGAGGGAGAGUAA